UUUCGGUUUGAUUGUUGUAGAUGGCCUGAAUGCUGUGACAAAACAGUGUACCUUCCGUCUCACCAUGGUCACCAACGACCUCCUCUUCAGCAGCAUCACAGUCCAACUGGAGAACAUGAACUCCCAGGAGUUCCUAUCCCCUAAGAUCAACCGCUUCGUUGACGCCCUGUCCAACAUCAUCCCCACCCAGCGCAACUUGAUCUACGUCUUCAGCGUCAAGGACCAUGACGUGACGGAUCCGCCCAUCCUCAACGUCUCCUUUGCCGCCCAGCACCAAGACGGUACCUUCUUCACCUCCCAGUACCUCCAGGAGCGGGUCUACCUGAUGCGGUCCACCCUCUCUGAAGUCUCCACGGCCAAGGUGCUGCCGUUCGGAGACAACCUCUGCCUGUAUGAAAUCUGCAGCGGGCAGGACUACGCCCAGUGUCUCUCCCCGCUGUCCUUCUGGAGCUCGUCGGGUUUCAUCGCCACUCAGACCGUCAUCUUCCGUUCCAUCCACCCGGAGACUCUGUACAAGUGUGACUGCCCACCAGGUUUCACAGGCAACUAUUGCACAACGGAGAUCAACUACUGCUACUCCAACCCUUGUGGUAGGAAUGGUCAGUGCAUUCAGAAGGAGGCCGGCUAUACCUGCGUGUGCAAUAACAACUUUGCAGGUCCAAACUGUGAGGUAGACUUUGACGAAGGCCGCUGCACGGACAACCUGUGUAAGAACGGUGGCCUGUGUAGGAACUUCUUACUAGGAGGCUUUGAGUGUGUCUGCCUGGGGCCGGAAUAUGAUGGGCCUCUGUGUGAGAUUCGGACCAGAAACUUCCCUGACAACUCCUUCUUGAUGUUCCGGUCGUUAAAUAGGAGAGUCCGGUUCCAGAUGUCAUUAAGUUUUGCCACCAAGGUGGACAACGGCCUCCUGUUCUACAACGGUCGCUAUAAUCAGAAGCACGAUUUCAUCGCGCUGGAGAUUGUCAAUAGGCAGGUUCGAUUCCUGUUCUCAGCGGGCGAGGUGACCAGUGUAGUGACCGCAUCUAUCCUUGGUGGCGUUAGCAAUGGGGAAUGGCAUAAGGUGUCGGUGGAUUAUCUGGAACAGACUGCAACAUUGAUUUUGGAUGACUGUAACGCGGCUGUGUCUUUGCAGCAUGGUGAAGAGCUAGGCAAUUACUCCUGUGCAGCCUCAGUCACGCAAGGGGGACAACUCAAGUUCUUGGACAUGACCGGGCCCUUCAUACUCGGCGGGCUCCCCAUGCUACCAGAAGACUUCCCCGUGAUCAACACAGACUUCGUGGGCUGCCUCCGUGACGUCUACAUUGACAGUGAGCUGUUGGACCUAGCCACAGCCACCAACCUGGAGCCCAUGGGUAACACCUUGCCGGGCUGCUCGCAUCGGGAAGACUUCUGCACCAGUGGGCCUUGCGGCGGUGAUGGGGGGCGGUGUCUGUCGGAGUGGGAUGGGUACAAGUGUCUGUGCCCCGAUGGGUCUGGUGGACGCAACUGCCAGGAAGAUCUUUCGGACGUGAUGACCUUCCAAGGCAACGGCCUCCUGACCUUUCCACCUUUGACCUCAGUGGUCACCAUCCCGUGGCUGAACCGUGUGGUGUUCCGCACCAGGGACUUCAACGGGGUGCUGAUGAACAUUGAGCUGGCCUCCUCGCUCACCAUACAAAUCGAGCUUGACUCUGGUCAGAUUAAGUACCGCACACCCACGGUGACUGCCAAGCUGGACAAUGUGGAGGUGAAUGACGGACAGUGGCAUGACUUCACUGCGGAAUGGAAGAACAACCAAAUUGUCCUGACGCUAGACUUCAACCAACACACGAAAUCUGUGACUGCCCGUGACACCAUCGAUGGCCAGACGGUCAGCGCCGUUCAUGUCGGUGGCCUGGUCAACUCGGAAGGUACCCUGCGACGCGGUUUCACUGGCUGCGUGCAGGGCCUGAAGGUAGGGGAUAACGUCCUGGCUAUCGCUGCGGCCGAGCAGAGGAAUAUUCAGACAGGGUGUGAUCAGCUGGACUCAUGUUCCUUCCAGUCAAUCACCUGUCCUUCUGCCAGCAAAUGCAGGGAUCUGUGGGGGAAGUACGAGUGCGUCUGUGAUCAAGGGCAUUACGGGCCAGACUGCGUCAGUGCCUGUGAUCUGAACAUCUGUCAGCAUGGCUCGUCCUGUAUCCCCUCCAACAACGCCCCCUAUGGCUACUACUGUGAGUGCUCGGACCAGUAUUACGGGGAUCACUGCCAGUAUAGGGUGGAGGAAUGCGAUGAGAAUUGGUGGGGUUACAAGAUCUGUGGGCCCUGUGAGUGUGAUGAGGAGAGAGGUUUCAACUCGGACUGCAACAAAACCACUGGCCAGUGCUACUGUGAGGAAUAUUCUUACCAACCGGAGAAUAGCGACACCUGUUACCCCUGCAACUGUUUCGUGGAGGGGUCCUACGGACCGGAAUGUGACCAACAAACCGGGCAGUGUCGCUGCAAGAGGGGUGUCAUAGGCAGGGCCUGUGAUGCCUGUGUUGACCCUUACGCUGAGGUCUCGCUCAGAGGUUGCGAAGUGGUGUACGACUCCUGUCCCAAGCGGUACGCCCAGGGGAUCUGGUGGCCCAACACCAAGUUCAACCAGGAGGCGGUAGUAGACUGUCCUCAAGGCUCCUUUGGUAAAGCCACAAGGAAAUGCUCCUUAGAUGACAACUGGCUGCAGCCCAAUCUCUUCCAGUGUAUGUCCGAGGCAUUCCACGCUCUCAAGGAAAUGCUUGCUGAGCUUCGGCACGUCAAGCGGCUGAACCCAGACCUGUCCUUCUCGGCAGUGGAGAAGGUUCACCAGGCGACUGAAGACACAGACAAGAUGUACGGAGCCGACGUCAACAUCACAUACGACAUCUUGGUGCUGGUACUGAACCAUGAGAGCAAGCAGGAGGGUCUGAAUGUGACCGCUGCCAUCAGGAGCUCAUUCACUAGGAAAAUUGUUGAGAUUGCUAGUCGUCUGCUGGACCCUGACAACAAGGCUCACUGGGCCGUGAUCCAGAAGAGUUCAAAGGGCGUGUCAGAGGUCAUAUCGUCGCUAGAGGCCUUUGGUGCUAACAUAGCCAGAACGUCGGACUACACCUACACCCCAGAGUUCUCCAUCGUUACGCCUAAUAUUGUGAUGCACCACGAUAUUAUCGUUCGAGAGGACUUCAACUCGACAGUCAUCCCCAAGUACGAGGUGGAGCAAUGGGAGGAAGGAAUCGAACGAGACACUACCCGCAUCCACAUCCCAGACGAUGCCAUCCAACCCAAACCUGAACUGGAGGAUCCCUCCAUGAUCUCCAUCGAGGGAAACGUAGCCGUCACCUCCUAUAUCAAGUACAACACAGUGGGACAGCUCCUGCCCAACCAAUCGGAUAUCACCAUUAAGCCAUCUGAGGGUGCCGUUGGUCAAGUCAUCAACUCACCUGUCAUCUCACUGACACUCUACGAUCACCUAGCCAGCGAGGGUAGCACCAACAACCUACCAACCCCCAUCCUCCUGGAGAUAACCACGCUGGGUGCCAGCGUACUCGACCCACAAUGUAUCUUCUGGAACUUCUCCUUGUUUGACGGUGUAGGUGGCUGGUCCACUAAAGGUUGCUCAGUCAGUUCCUUCAAUGACACCCACGUCAACUGUUCCUGCAACCAUCUCACCAACUUUGCUGUCAUGGUGGACAAUGCAAAUCCUGUUAAGGUGUUUGGGCAGCAGCCAUUGGCCCUGCAGAUUGUCUCCUACAUCGGUCUGGGCGUGUCCAUCUUUGCCCUGGUCUUCACCUUCUUCACGCUGCUGUGCAUUCCCAGCCUGCAUUGCAACCUGAACAGCAUCCACGUCAAUCUGGUCUUCACGCUCAUCACGGCCGAAGUCACUUUCCUUGUCGGAAUCAACACCGAGAAUAAUAUUGCCUGUACCAUCGUAGCCAUCCUCCUCCAUUACGCGCUCCUCAGCGCCUUUGGCUGGAUGUUCAUUGAGGGCAUCCACCUGUACCGCAUGAUGACUGAAGUCCGUAACAUCAACCAGGGGCCCAUGACCUACUACUACGUGAUUGCCUACGGCCUGCCGGGUCUCAUCGUAGGCCUGGCGGUGCCGCUGAGUGAAGCCAACUACGGCCAGCAAGUCAACGUCAACAAUCAACACUUUUGCUGGCUGUCGAUUGAAGAUAUCCUGAUCUGGAGUUUUGCUGGGCCUGUGCUGGCUGUCGUGGUGAUGAACCUAGCCGUGUUCUUCCUGGCAAUAAGGGUCACUCUCACAGGCAAAACCAAAAACCCGGAAUUCCAAAACACCAAGUCGGGGCUUCGCUCAGCAGGCAUCCUCCUACCUCUACUAGGCAUCACCUGGGUCUUUGGUCUACUCGCUGUCAAUCAAGACAUGGUGCUCUAUCAGUACCUCUUUGCUGCCUUCAACUGCCUGCUGGGAUUCUUCAUCUUCCUCUUCCAUUGUAUCCUCAACUCCAAGGUACGGAGGGAAUGGAUGCGUUGCUGCCUGGGGAUCCAGGGCAAGAAGGUUCAGUUUGAUGAGAGUGUCAAUACCUCGCGCUCAGCGUUGUCGUACAGCAAGACCGAUGGUCAGUUCCGUCACCACAUCGGCAUCUCCACAGGCUCCAUUGGCAGCAGUCAUGGCAGCCGCAGCACCAAAGCCAGCAACAGGCCCGAGGGCUAUCUACGCAACACGGCCAGUACAUCCACAACAUCGCCAUCCAACCACGAAUACGUUCCAUCUUACUACAACUACAAACCCAAAGUCACCAAUCUCGACGAUCCUGAUAACUUGACUCUACUCAAUCCUCAACGAAACAACCUACUAGAUGACCAAGAUUCUGAUUCGGACAGUGAUGCCUCCAUCCAGCGUAACCGUGACAGCAUGUCAUUAGCCUCCUCACAUUCCUCAGAUGAAGAAGAGGAAGAGGGCGUUGACCUCUGGAAGACCGCUCCUACUAAGGUCAACCUGCCAGAUAACAUAACAUCCCAUGGUUUGGGGCCACUGCACAGCACUCCUAAAGAAAUGACGGUGCUGCCACCAGACAACGCAGACAUCAAGCGCAAAUGGCCGGGGGAGCCCUACACCGGGGACAUGGAGACCAUACCAGAGUCCACCCUCCGGGCUGAACUGAAGAUCCUAGACCCAAAGUUCCCUCUGGACAAUGACCGAGAUAACAGCGUGACGGGGAGCGUGACGGGCAGCGUGACAGGCAGCAUUGAUGGAAGCAACAGGAACCUGAUUGUUUCCCACGUGUCGGCCCGGCCAGACAUCCUCCCACUGAAGGGGAUCAUGAAGACGCCAGGCAGCUCUCAUAAAGGGUCCUCCCACGGUUCAGGCUCAGGCUCGGGGUCCAACGCCAGCCUGACCAAGAUCCCAAUGUCAGUCACCACCACGCCUGACAAGUAUGGGUCAGGAUUGGGUGUCUCAUUCCCCCCGGAGCAGAGGAGCCACGACUCCGAAUCAGAUGGGAGCAGCAAUGAAACAUCAGUAUGACGCGCAGUUCAUGUUGAUGCCGUUGGUUUUUGAAGGAGUAUGGUGUGCAUGUUGUGUCAAAAUAUCGUGCCCUUCUGGUUCUUUAAAAAAAAAAAAACUGUACAGCUGCAUAUGAACGACAUACCGUAUCAAUUUUUUUGUAGAUACAGAAAAAUAAUCUAAACGUGUACAUUUUUGUACAAUUUCUUUUUCUUCUGUACAUUUUUGCUUUUUUUUUUAAAGUGUGUGGUCUUAUACCUUAGAAGCUUAAAAGUUUCUUGUGUAGGGCUUGGAUUGUUGACAUGUAUAUUUGGACAAUGAUUUUUAAGUGUGAUUUAAAUCGUGAUGCUCAAUUUCUUUUUUAAUCUCAUGUGGCCAUAAUGUUGAAAGAAAUAGUCCAAAACGGUAACAACAUUAUUCCUUGAUUGGACCACUCGUAAAGAAGCAAAAUACUCUUGCUGCUACUUUUGUUUUGGAGUGAAUUUUUCAGAAUGGUGCUUUGGUUUGUGUUACCCAUCAUUUUUAAACCAAAGUCUUUUUUUUUGAAUAGAUUUAGACAAUUUUAAUAGAUUUAUUUUCAAAAUUGGCCUACCUUGUACAGUCAUCUGAUAUUCUUAUCGGUUUUAAAGAAACAGUUUUAUCAAGUGAUUUUUCUUUUUGACAAAGAAUUUGACAAGCACAACAUUAUGUAAUUUAAAAACUGGCCCCGAUAUUCAGUAAGAUAGACCCUUUGCAUAUAACGUCACAACUGAGGGCUGGUUAUUGUUCCUCUGUGAUACGCAUGAGUUAGACACUCAUGUGCUUUCACUGUCACUGAGUUUAAAUAACAAAAAGUGCCCACAGUGAGUGGGUGUGCACCGUGCAAGGAGUCUAUAGGGUGCAUGAGGUGAAGAAUACCAUUAACCAAAACAACAUUCCAAGAAAACCUUACAAAAUACUUGUUUGUUUGUUUAAAUGGAGUGCACUUUUUGUGAUUACUUUUAAGGAAAAGGUGGUUUGUAAACUGUACAAGAAGUGAGAUUAGACUUAAUAUGAAUAAUUGUUUUAUUAAUUUUUGUAAUUUUUUUUUUUAGGAUAGGGACGCCUGUGUUGAACCCCCUGCAUCUUCCAAAAUACCACAAUUGUGGACAAUUUUUGCAUGGCUUGGAAAAUAGUGAUAUUGCAUUGAAACUUCAACAAGACAAGGCAUGUCUAGAAAAGCUGGACCCAGAGUGUACACCAUUCUAGUCAAUCGGUUGAGAAUGGCUGCUCACUGGUGAAGUGUUUUCACGCAUGUGGCCCACACAGUGGACUGGGUUUAGCCCAUUAGUUGGUGUUAUGGUGCUAACCUAUUUCAAACCUUUGGGCCCAGGUGGGACUUAUAGGUAAUAUACAACAUUUGCAAACAUUAAAAAAAACAAAAAAAAAACAAGUUACUAUGAAAUACCUUACUUGACUGUUAGUGGGUAAUAGUCUCAAGCAUCCUGUGAAAUCAUGGCACCUGGCGUGCUGUCAUUGUUAUGAAAAGUAGAGUUUUGUAUCAAUUUCCAACAAUGUUUGGACGACAAUUGUUGGAAGGAACUACCUUUUUUCAAAUACUGCCCCCGAUUUACCAAAUUUAGUUAGCUUACAUUUUGUUUGCAAAAACGGUUACACAUCUGCGGUAGCAAGCCAGCUACUCUGGUUGCCUGACCUGACAAUUCCCAGAUUUCUAAAAAUCGCUGCAUUUCGCAUGAAGUAGGAUCAGGCAACCAGAUUACAAGAACAGCAUUGUUUUCUUGGUUUGUUCAGCAUCUGUGAACACAAAACUUUAACCAGGUCAGUGUAAUAAUAUUGCUGUACAAUACUGAACCCCCCACAUCCGUCCAUUUCUGAAAAUGUCAGUGAAGUAAAUGUUGUAUAUUACCUUUUAAGCAAAUCUAAUUUAUAUUCGACAGUCAGACGGUCUUUUCCCAACACCAUAAUAUAAUAACACAUGGUACCGUACAGACAGCUAUCAAAUUUCCCAAAAUUGUGAUUUUGGAAGAUUUAGGUUGGUUACAAUUUCAUUUUCUCUUAUGAUUAUACAUGUAGAACCCCUUGCCAAAGUUCCUUCUUUUUGUAUAUGAAAAAUAGUACUAUUGUGCAUUGACUGUUUUAGCACGUAUGAUUUAGUCUCUGUAUAUAUUGUGUAAAUGAUUCCUGCAAUGCGUGCGCCUUCGCUUUCUGAAAUUAAGAGGAAAAAAAGGACAAUAUUGAAUGUAUUUAUAAGGCUUGGUGAUUUGCUUUGAAUGAUUUUUAAAUGAUUUUAAGUAUUUUUAUGGAGACGUUGUAAGCGUUACUGUGUUUGUGAAUAAUUGUGUUCUCUUACAAUGCUAAAAAAAUACUUGCAUUUUUCCAUGAUGCAUUAAGGGUGAAGGGUGUUUUAUGAUCCGCUAUAUUCAGUAGUUUUUGUUUGCCCAAUUCAAAAACCAAUGUGACUAUUUGGUCAGAAAGCCAAUAGGCUCUAUUGGGUGACAUGUAUGUGAAAAUGUUGUUUUAAUGUCGUACUAAAACAGGUAUUGUUUUUUUUUUUCAAAAUAAAAGGUUGCUUAGUUUAGAAAUACCAAAUUUGAGAAAAUUA